AUGGCGAGAAAGAGUAAGGGACGACAAAAGGUUGAGAUGGUGAAGAUGAAUAAUGAAACCAAUCUCCAAGUCACUUUCUCCAAACACCGAGCCGAACUUUUCAAGAAGGCGAGUGAAUUGAGCACUCUAUGUGGGGCUGAGAUUGCUAUUAUCGUCUUCUCACCCGGUCAAAAGGUUCUGAACCAACUCGAAAUCGAGAUGAAGCGAGGCGAGGAGCUUAAUUAUAUGAAAAAGACAAAUGAGAAUCAUUGUUGGUGGAUGGCUCCCAAGGAAGAUAUGAGCUUAACACACUUCAACAAUUGA